AUGUCUUCAUCCUUGGUAGUUCCAACUAAAGUCUCCAAGAUGGCCCGCUCACUCAUUCCAAAGUACAAGUCGGAUAUCCUCAUGACUGGAGACCAAAUGUUCAUCAAUGACUUGUUGCCAUACCUCAACAUUAACAAACUGUCAAAUGAUCGUUGUGGCAAUAACCUGAGCUCGAAUCUACUCCUUCCCCGCAAUGCCUCUGUCGAGCAGCACUUGACACACUUUGAACAAAUGUUCAAAUACAAGUUGAUAGAUCGACGGCCCAUCACUGAACGUCAGGCCACGGACACACUCAUCAAGUCUAAAGAGGAUACAAAGAGAAUGAUUGGAUAUGACAGCAAAGAGGAUAUUGAUGACAAGUACCGAUUGGCCAUUAUCAAGAUCCUACUAUAUAUUAAUCCAAGGACUGAUAAUGCAGACAAACUUAUAAUUCAAAUAUUGAAUGAUUAUAUAUCUACAGGAGAUCUGGCACUCAUUCCAUUAUGGGCAUCAAUUGAACAUUAUAGCUCUGUUUCAUUGAUCAGCUCUAUAGUUGAGCAUGGCACAUUAGCUCAAGCAAAGUGUCUCAUUCAAUUUAUGGCCUCUAAACCUGAGCUUCAAUCUUGGUUCAACGACCUUGGUCAGUACCGCAACUUUCGUUUGGGUGGGCCCCAAUAUCCUGUGUUCAUGACAUCACACAACUGUUCACUCAAACUGGAGGUGCUAAUAAUGCUCAACCAACACAAUAUUAUUUUUGACACACCAAUGAGACCUUGGAUAUUCGAUAGUUCAAUGGAAAUGCUAGAGUUCCUCAUGUCGGAUUCCAACAAGAUCGUUGAGUUCUCACCUUUGUUCAUCGAUAUCAAACAUUUGGACUUGGUCAACUUGAUAUUGUCCAACUCAUCUAUGGACUCAAACAACUUGACAAUGAUAUAUUUUUGUUUGAACUAA